GGCUCCCGGCAGCCGCGGCUCCAGCGUGUGGAGCUGUUCAGCGCAAAGGUGCUGAGCCUCGCGCGCGCUUAAGGAGGCGCCGCCGGCUGCUGCUGCUGCUGCUACCUUUGCCGGAGGCAUGGGACUGGGAUCCAGCUCCCACCGCGGCCACGCACAGAAAGGAGCCCUACAUUAAAAAGCUCAUGUUAAAGAAGGAAAGGCUUCAUGAAAUCUUGAAACGGAAGACCCAAGAUAGUAGCAGGUCUUUUUCAGGUGAUUUUUCUAACCAUGCUCUACGAUCCUGGCAUGGCUCCUUGCAAUGAGCAAUGAUACUCUCUGCAGCCUACAGAGACCAACAGUCCAGAGGAAUGGUUGCUUCACUCCUUUCUCAUCACCACAAAAUGAAAUGGUGUUCCUGAGGUGAUAAAUGCUUCUUGCAGACUGGAAGACGCAAUUUAACCAGGAGAUCUUUCGUUUAAUUUUAUUUUUGUCUGCAAACGCGUGUUCUGAUGGCUGGCGGGCAGUGAUGACACCAUGUAGAAGGUCCUGAAGGGGUGUCCUAACUGAGUUGCAAUGGUUUUAUACACUUCCCCAUUUCCCAACGGCUUUCUGUCAGCACUGCAUUCCUUCUCCUGGGGCUUAAUCUUCCCAUGUUAUUGGCUUGGAGACAGGCUUAUCGCCUCCUUUGUGCCUACCACUUACGAGAAGCGCCAGAGGGCAGAUGAUCCAUGCUACUUCCAUGCUCUGUGCAUCAUCAUCACCACUCCCAUUUACCUAGCCCUGCUGGUAGUCUCUCUCCCUUUUGCCCUGAUUGGUUUCCUGCUGUGGUCCCCUCUCCAGUCUGUGAGGCGGCCAUACAUCUAUUCUCGGCUGCAGGACAAGAGCCAGAUCCAUGGAAGUACAUUGCUCACAGAGUGGAAGGCCUCCAGCAACGGGAAAAGCUUUUGCUUUGGGAGUGCCAAUAUCUGCCUGCUCCCAGACUCCUUGGCAAGACUCAACAAUGUUUUCAACACACAGGCCCGAGCGAAGGAAAUUGGCCGACGGAUCCGGAACGGGGCAAGCAGGCCUCAGAUCAAAAUCUACAUAGAUUCCCCCACAAACACCUCCAUCAGUGCCGCAAGCUUCAGCAGCCUGGUCUCGCCUCAGAGUGGAGACAGCAACAACCGUGCAGUCAAUGCAGGCAUCAAGAGGACAACCUCGAUGGAAUACAAAGGGGACAACUCUGGCCCUAACAACAGCGAAGAUGGGAGAGACGGGAGAGCUAGAGGAGAGGCCAAUGAAGGAGAAGAUGGUAGCACUUGCAUCGUGCGCAUAGGCGGAGAAGACAACGGACACAUUUCAGACCCGGAAGCCGAUGGGACAGGUGGCCAAGUCAAUCAUAGCAAGGGGCCGGCAGACCGUUCACCGGAAUCCGAAGCCGAAAGCCUGAAAGGCCAAACCCCUAACCAUAAGCAGAAAGAAGGGGAUUCUGGGAGCCUGGAUAGCUACACUGCCUCUCGAGAGUCCCUAGUGAAGAUGCGUGCUGGAGAUGGCCCUGUGGACCAGAGCACCGUCAACAGCAAACUCCUUUACAAGGCCUCACUCAUGAAGAAGACCUCCAUGAGAAAAAAGAAAAACACGGACGAGCUCUUUGACCACGAGACAUCCGCUUUCUUCCCUGCCAACUUGGACUUCCUGUGCUUGCAGGAAGUGUUUGACAAAAGGGCGGCUGAGAAAUUGAAAGAGGAGCUUCACCGUUACUUUGAAUACAUUCUGUAUGAUGUCGGGGUCUACAGCUGCCACGGCUGCUGUACCUUUAAGUUUGUGAACAGUGGCCUGCUUUUCGCCAGUCGCUAUCCAGUUAUGGAUGCUGCUUAUCACUGUUAUCCCAACGGAAAAGGAACAGACUCCUUGUCUUCGAAGGGGGCCCUGUUUCUCAAGGUGCAAGUGGGAAGUACACCUCAGGACCAAAGAAUUGUGGGAUACAUUUCCUGCACUCACUUGCAAGCUCUGGCAGGGGACACUACUGUUCGAUGUGAACAACUGGAUCUGCUUCAGGAUUGGCUGGCUGAUUUCAGAAAAUCUACCUCCUCCUCCAGCACAGCCAAUCCAGAGGAGCUGGUGGCGUUCGAUGUACUCUGUGGAGAUCUCAACUUUGACAAUUGCUCAUCAGAUGACAAGCUGGAGCAGCAGCAUUCCUUGUUUACACGCUACAAGGACCCAUGCCGCCUCGGUCCAGGGGAGGACAAAUCGUGGGCAAUUGGUACCUUGUUAGAUCCAGAAGGACUAUAUGAUGAAGAAGUGUGCACUCCAGAUAAUCUGCAGAAGACAAUGGAAAGUGAAGAUGGGCGGAAAGGUUACCUUGUCUUUCCCACCAGCAAGACCCAUGCCUCAAGUCAGAAGGGGAGGAAGGGAGCCUUGAAGGGGAAUGGGAGGCGGAUUGAUUACAUGCUUUAUUCUGAAGAAGGACUCUACCUGGAGUGGAAAGUGGAAGUGGAAGAGUUCAGUUUUAUUACGCAGUUGGCAGGCUUAACAGAUCACCUGCCUGUCGCCAUGCGCCUGAUGGUUUCAACAGGAGAAGAGGAUCCUUAAAUGAGGACCGUUUUUGUCCCCCUGAGGGUUUAGAAGAGGGAACUUCCAAACUUAUGACCAAGAUGCAAGACAAAGAGUGGAAUUUUCUGGUCCCCACCCCCCGCCCCUCCAGAGACACCGGGCUUGGCUCAGACAAUCCUAUGGCUGUGAUUCCACACACUUUUCAGAUUCCUCUCCAUUUGCAUCCUGUUAGGAAUAUGUUAAAAAGGGAAGCAAAAAUCGUAUGUAAAUGUGUGCAUGGGGAGACCGGGAAGGCGGGGGUCAGCCCACCAACAAGCAUCACAAUUUGCCCAGGCAACCAAGCAAGCCCAUAUUUCUGUACUUUCACUGUGGACUAAAAGAAGCCAAGAUAGAAGUCCCGAUUCCUUUGAACCA